UACAGUCACUCAUUCGAUUCCACUUCAAUCGCAAGUUAAGACAGCACCAAUUAUCGCCAUGGCAUUCAACAUUGGACACAUCUUUCUGGUCACGCUGCUCGCCGUGGUCUGCGCCGCAGAGACGAUUCAAUUGCAGCCAACGCAAGGCAUCCUGAUUCCCGCUCCAUUGGCCGAUAACAUUCGUGUGUCGAGAGCUGCCUAUGGUGGCUAUGGAGCACCAGCUGCUGCACCCGCCUAUUCCGCUCCAGCUGCUCCAUCAUACGGCGCACCAGCUGCACCCGCUGCGCCCGCUGCUCCUGCCUAUGCUGCACCCGCCGCACCAGCUGCCCCAGCCUACGCCGCCCCAGCACCAGCACCAGCACCAGCCGCACCCGCCUCCAUUCCAGCUCCACCGUGCCCCAAGAACUACCUGUUCAGCUGCCAACCCUCGCUGCAGCCCGUGCCCUGCUCGGCUCCAGCUCCCGCCUACGGCAACGCCGGUGCAUACUCCCAGUACGUUCCCCAAUACGCCGUGCCCUUUGUGCGCGAAAUGCUAUAAAUGAUUGAUCCUGACAUUCGGCUUACCUGGUCCAA